AUGUCUACUUCAGCGACCACCAACGGGGCCUCACUGUCCGGUUCCCACUUCCAAGACCACGCCGCCGCAUACGAAAAGUUCGCUGGCUCAACAUCGUCGAAGCUGGCCGCCGCAGCGCUCGCCCGACUACCACUGUCUACCUACUCGGCGGACUCCCACAUAUUGGAUUCGGCCUGCGGUCCGGGCAUCGUGACCAAACUGCUCCUGGGCCCGUCUCCACCCUAUAUCAAUGUGCCCGGCCUCCCUCUCAAGUCGCCACCCCGCGUGACCGGGAUCGAUUAUGCCCCGGCCAUGGUCGAGCAGUUCGUGGCGCGGACCAAGGCCAUGGGGCUUACCACGACAAGCGCCUUCGUGCACGAUGCUGGCGACUUGAGCUGCUUCCCGGACGCGAGCUUCGACGCGGUGGUCAUGAACCUCGGGAUCUUCGUGCUUCCGGACCCCGUCCACGCCGCGGCUGAGAUGCUCCGUGUGCUCAAGCCGGGCGGCCACGUCGCCGUCACGACGUGGAAGCACGCCGGUGGGCAUGUCCUCCUGCAGAAGGUCGUCGAUGCCAUCCGGCCCGGGAAGCAGGAGCGGGCGGUGGUCUUGGACUCGGAGUGGAAGACAAAGGAGAAGCUCAGCAGCGUCAUGAAGGCGGGUGGGUUUGGAGCAGACGACAUGGAGAUCUGGGCAGAGGACGUCGGAUGGACAGCCGACAGUCUCGAGGACGUGGUCGAGUUCAUGAGCUCUUCCAUGUGGACGCAGAGGAUCUGGAAAGACUGGAGUGAAGAGGAGAAGGCGAGAUGGGGAAGUGAGAUGGUGAAUCAGAUGAGCGAGGAAGAGAGAGAGAGCCACAGUAUCAGCAUGGUGGGCUGGGUAUACGUGUGUAAGAAGGGUGUCGAAUAG